GAGAGAGAGAGAGAGAGAGGAAAGAGAGAGAGGGAAAGAGAGAGCAGAGAGAGAAGGGAGAGAGAGGGGAGAGAGGAGUCUGAGAGAAGGGGGAGAAGGGGUGUGUGUGUGAGAGAGAGAAGGGGAGAGAGAACGAGAGAGGGAGAGAGGGAGAGGGGAGAGAGAGAAGGAGAAAGAGAGAGAGAGAAGAGAGAGAGAGAGAGAGAGAGAGAGAGAGAGAGAGAGGAGUUCCAGCUACACACGGACUACACGAUAAACACCUUCGGGGAGGAACUGACUGACAGAUUCUAUCGCAGGGAAGUAGAAAUUCCCAGGAAUAACUCACCCAUGGAUCCACUUUAACCCUCGAUUCCAGUUUACCUACCCAAUCUCUCUCUCCCCUUUCUCCUUCCAAAUUCUCCAUUGAAGAAGAUUUGGUGUCAGCGGCCGCCAGGCGCUCGUAUUACUCUUUGAUCCCAAUAUACUAUAUAAAACAAAUUAACAAAUUUCACCCUCCCCAUCCCGCUGCCUCCCCAAGAGAACAUGAAAGGGAAGACCAAGAAGGCCGGCGUCACGGAGCAGAGGGACAUGGACGGAUAUGAUCAGCUCCCCGGCAACCAGCCACGUCAUAACACAAAAGCAUUAAAGCAGCGUUUCCUGAAAAUCUUACCAUGCUGUCGACCUAAGCUGGUUCCUUCACUCAGUGAAUGCAACAUCGAGGAUGAGUUUGAGCCCUCCACUGUGUGUCACCGACCUGAAGGACUCGAACAGCUUCAAGGACAAACAAAAUUCACCAAGAAGGAGCUGCAGGUCCUCUACCGGGGUUUCAAAACCGAGUGUCCCAGUGGUGUGGUUAAUGAAGAGACUUUUAAACAGAUCUAUUCCCAGUUCUUCCCUCAAGGAGAUUCCAGUAUGUAUGCACACUUCCUGUUUAAUGCUUUUGAUACCGACCAUAAUGGCUCUGUCAGCUUUGAGAAUUUUGUGACAGGCUUAUCUGUAAUCCUUCGAGGCUCUGUUGAUGACAAACUGAACUGGGCCUUCAACCUGUACGAUCUAAAUAAAGAUGGCUGCAUUACCAGAGAGGAAAUGUUGGAUAUUAUGAAAUCCAUUUAUGACAUGAUGGGGAAGUACACCUACCCAACGGUGAGGGAGGAAUCUCCUCAGGAGCACGUGGAAACAUUCUUCCAGAAAAUGGACAAGAAUCGGGAUGGGGUGGUAACUAUCGAGGAAUUCAUCGAAACUUGUCAAAAGGAUGAAAACAUCAUGAAGUCAAUGCAGCUUUUUGAGAAUGUCAUCUAGAAGUCAGAGGUGGGGCUGAGGUCAGUGCUGAGCUGACCUCUGACUCCUCGCCUUCUGUCCUUGGUGGGCCAACCUUGGGCCUUUGACUUGUUCAAUGGGGAGCUUCAACUUCUGAAUCAGAACUUCAUUUGGAGGUGGGGGAGGUGAAGAUUUGGACAACGAUAUUGACCACAGAUGUGGAGUGGAAAGAAAGAACAGGCCUCCUGUGACGGACAUUUUGUACUUUUUCACGGACCUGCUGGAGAAUGCGAAGAAUUGGCAUGGAAGAACCUCACAGUGUUGCAGCUGUGGGGUGUGCAAGUCACAAUACAUGCGCCCAAGUGCAGAGGACACAGAUCUACACAGCAUGUUACUGGGUCACACUAUAAGCAUCUUUAUGCAGAAAUGCAAGGUUGCAUGGGGGCAAAAAAAUGGCGAAUUACCUGCAGUCCAUCCCUUCCAUCUGUCACGUUGCCUGCUGUAUGAGGUCAGACCCGUGGAACGAAGCCCGCCUGUGCCAAAAUGUCUUCCUUGUCCCCUUCAGCGUCAUUGCCCAGGUUUAAUUUCUAACCCCACAGGUCAAAAAUAAACCUCAUGGGAUAAUGUGGAGGGAACUUCACUCUGUAUCUAACCCGUGCUGUCCCUGUCCUGGGAGUGUGUGAUGGGACAGUGUAGAGGGAGCUUCACUCUGUAUCUAACCUGUGCUGUCCCUGCCCUGGGAGUGUGUGAUGGGACACUGUAGAGGGAGCUUCACUCUAUAUUUAAUCCGUGCUUUCCCUGCCCUGGGAGUGUGUGAUGGGACAGAGUAGUGGGAGCUUCACUCUGUAUCUAACCCGUGCUGUCCCUGUCCUGGGAGUGUGUGAUGGGACAGUGUAGAGGUAGCUUCACUCUGUAUCUAACCCGUGCUGUCCCUGUCCUGGGAGUGUGUGAUGGGACAGUGUAGAGGGAGCUUCACUCUGUAUCUAACCUGUGCUGUCUCUGUCCUGGGAGUGUGUGAUGGGACAGUGUAGAGGUAGCUUCACCCUGCAUCUAACCCAUGCUGUCCCUGCCCUGGGAGUGUGUGAUGGGACAGUGUAGAGGGAAAUUCACUCUGUAUCUAACCCGUGCUGUCCCUGCCCUGGGAGUGUGUGAUGGGACAGUGUAGAGGGAGCUUCACUCUGUAUCUUACCUACACUGUCUCUGUCCUGGGAGUGUGUGAUGGAACAGUGGAGACUGUAUAGUGACUUCACAUUGCAAUAAUCCAUUGUCUAGAAGCUUUGUAGUAAAGAAUAUUCUUGCAUCUCCAAUAAUCUCUCAAUGGACCCUUCACAAAUAUAUCAGCAAAUGUCUCUGCCAGAAGUUGUCUAUUUUACUAAAGUCCUCGGUGAAUAGACUCUUUAUAAUAGAGCCUUCUUCCAAGGUGAACCUUGCAAGUGUGGGUAACGGUUGUCAACUGAUCGAAGACAAUAUAUAUGGGUGAGCCCACUUGAAGAGCAGGGGAAGUAUUGAGAAUAUCUCAAAGUAAUUUAACACAUUUUGGAAGCAGUUUCAUCAGUGGCUAGAGAAAUUGUUCCCAUUCUCUGAAUUUAGUGACUCGCGCUUCUAUGAAGGUGACAAUGCCACAAACUGAGUGACUGCUUCUCAACGGAAUGGUAACCAUUAAUACCUGACACUAACUGACAGAAGAACACAGUGAGGGAUCUCAAAACACUUGGACCUAGAGUUAGGAGGAAAGAUGGUUGGAGAGGUUUGUAGAUGGAAUUCCAAUACUUGGGCUCUCUGUGAACAUAGUACAUAGAAGAUUACAGAACAGUACAUGCACUAUGGCCCACGAUGUUCUGUCCAUCUUUUAGAAAUCUAACCCUUCCCUCCCACAUAGCCCUCUGUAUUUCUAUCAUCAAAGUGCCUAUCUAUUAGUCUCUUAAAUAUGUCUAAUAUAUCUGCCCCACCACCACCCUUCCUUCCACCACUCUUUGUAUUAGGAACUUACCUCUGACACCCCCACUAUACUUUCCUCCAGACGCCUUAGAACACUCUCCACUUCCUGAAGAAGGGUCUCGGCCCGAAAUGUUGGCUGUUUACUCAUUUCCAUAGAUGCUGCCUGACCCACUGAGUUCCUCCAGCAUUUUGUGUGUGACACCUUAAAAUGAUGCCCCUUCGUAUCCGCCAUUUCUACCCUGGGAAAAGUAUCUGGCUGUCCACUCGAUCUAUGCCUCUUACCAUCUUGAGCAUCUCUAUCAAGUUACCUCUCACCCUCCUUCACCCUGUGGCGGAAGGUAACUCCCUGAUUAUGGUGCAACUAAAAACUAGAACUUCCAGGGGUCUGCUGGAGUGGAAGAGCGCAAAGAUAUUGGGCUGGAUGAGAUCAUAGGGUGUAUCGGAACAUAAGGAUGAGAAGUCCUCAUUCAGAAGGAGGAUUCCUUUAUUGUGAGCAGUUUGGGGCCCCAUAGCUAAGAAAGGAUGUGGAGAGAUUCCAAAGGAGGCUCAUGAAAAUUAUCCCAGAAAUGAAAAUGUUAACAUAUGAGGAGCAUUUGAUGGCUCUGGACCUGUACUCACUAAAAUUUAGAAGAACGAGGGGGAUCUCAUUGAAACCUACUGAUCUUUGAAAGGCCUAGAUAGAAUGGACGUGGAGAGGAUGUUUCCAAUAGUGGGAGAGUCUGUGAUCAGAGGGAACAGCCUCAGAAUAGAAGGACAUCCCUUUACAACAGAAAUGAGGAGGAAUUUCUUUAACCAGAUGGUGGUGAAUCUGUGGAAUUUGUUGCCACAGAUAGCUGUGGAGACCAAGUCACUGGGUAGAUUUAAAGCGGAGGUUCAGAGGUUCUUAAUUAAGAAGAGCAUCAAAGGUUAUGGGGAGAAGGCAGAAUAAUGAUGAUGAGAGGGGUAAUAAAUCAACUGUGAUUGACUGACAGUGCAGACUUGAUGGGCCGAAUUGCCUAAUAUUGAUCCAAUGUCUUACGGCCUUAUCUCACCCUGAAUGAGGAUCCCUCGCUCAGAAUGAGGAGUCUUCACUUGGAGUGAAAAGUUUUCACUCAGAGGUCCUCUUUCAGAAUGAGGAUUAUUCUUUAAGCAUAACUUGAGAAGCACCAAGAGUGUCCCCUUGACAAAUUGCUCAUUGUCAGGCCUUAUGGGUUAGGUUUUUGUACCUAGCACUCAGUGAAGCCAAACACCCUUGAAAUUCCAACACACCAAUGUCGAUGAAAGCACUGGAGAAAUUCCCCGUCUGAAAGGCUGGUGGAGACGGAAUCUGCACAAAGCAUGGGUGAGGGUGACCACUUUAACACUGGUGUCUGGGAGUGAAACAGACUGUGAUCAGAGAAGCCCGAAUAACCUCAACUCCUCUCUGGCCAUCCACAUGGACAAUGGUGGAUCAGAUAGUGCCCUAAGGCUGUAAAUUUCUCUGGUUUAUAACCCUCCCUCCUGAGCCGUCUCUUCAGCAUGCAUGAAGUUGAGGGAAUAGCCACCAUACCCCACCCUCUGUUAGGCACUCCAAGCCCCUGAAGGAGACCAUGUAGAUCUCAUAGGAAGUGAAAACAUCAAGAAGUUAAAACAUAAGGACAGGCAAGUACUUUGAAUAUAAAGGGACUGAAGUGGUGGAGUAAAUUCUUAUCGUGAGGAUGAUGGUGCCACAGGCUUUCCAACAGUCUGAUACUUUUAACAGUUGUUCUCAGGUUUGUGACUUAAUUUUAAGUCUUAGCCUGCAUUGCAACAGACAAAUCAAUAGUCUGAGGAGGCAAAACCUCAAAUGAUUGAUUUAGCUUGCUUAUUAACAGUAACUGACUGACUGAUUUGUAAUAGUGUUUCUGUAUGCUGCACAGAUCUGCGAGAAAACCCCAGGCUUUACUUGGGGCCAUAUCUGCUCUACUUACAUCACACAGUCUUCUCUCUGGGGUUCCUGGUGUAAACUCCUGAGAUAAUUUGUGCAAAAAAUUUACUUUGGCAUUUACCUGCUGAGGGAGCUUCACUCUCUAUCUAACCUGUGCUGUCCCUGCCCUGGGAGUGUGUGAUGGGACAGUGUAGAGGGAGCUUCACUCUGUAUCUAACCCGUGCUGUCCCUGUCCUGGGAGUGUGUGAUGGGACAGUGUAGAGGGAGAUUCACUCUGUAUCUAACCCCUGCUGUCCUUGUCCUGGGAAGUUCUCUCUUUCUGGCUGAUUCUGUCCUUGUAGAAGGGAUCUUUUGGGCAGAUACUUGAAUAUCCCGCUGUCAGCAGUGAGUUGAGUUUGAGUGAAAUCCAAUACAGGAGUGGAAAAGCGGGAGGGAUAUGGCAUGGGAAUGGCAAAUAAGGUUUGUCAACCAAACUCCAAGCCUUCAGUUACAUUCACUUACAUAGGAUGUGACUUGAGGGUGAGUGAAACAAGGAUUGUUCUUUUUAUGGAAAAGAGCUUAAAGGAGGAUAUAAUCAAGACAUCCUAUAGAAUAAAGGGUAUGUGAGAAUGUUUCCAGUGGCAGAUACAGUCCAAAGCUCAUCUCUUGUACUGGGAAGAAUGGUUUGGUUUUAGACAAUGUCCACUUAGAGGGACAGGAUCAGUAACUUGGGGAUUAAACAAAAUAUUCUGUCAAUACCAAAUGUGACGGCUCGGAUGCUCUGUGGAGGUCAGAAACUAAUGUCAGCUCCCCUGAGCAGAGCCGGAGCCUGGGGCAUCCGUGUCUUACACAGUUGGUGUAUUCCAUCUCUAUAACACCCCCCCAACCCUCCAGAAUACUAUGGAGUCUGAUUUUAUUUGGGACUACUGGUAUUAAAAUGCGAUACAAUCUCAGAAUCCCAGAAGGAUCGGAAAGAUGAUUUUUCUGUCAGUGUGUCUACGUUGCGCCAGCAUCUUAUAUCCCUGCUGAUUUUGUUUAGUUGAUCCAUCAGAAUUGCACACAAACAAAGGCUUUUCACUGUUCCUCAGUACGCAUGACCAUAAUGAGCCAACUUAGCAAUGCUGAUGACAGGUCUCGGCCUAAAAUGUUUACUCUUUGUUCGCCUCCAUACAUGCUGACUGGCCUGCUGAGUACUUCCAGCAUUUUGUGGGUGUUGCUCAAAGACUUCCAGCACUUGCAGUUUCUCUCGUGCCUACAUUUUAUUCUCCCCAAAUGCCCAUCGACUCUUCCAAAAUUGUACCCCCACCCACCCCAAGGGCUAGUGAACAUACCAUCCAUUAUGGUUUUGAUAUGCGGGAAACACGCACAAAAUGCUGGAGGAACUCAGCAGGUCAGGAGGCAACUACCGCAGAGAAUAACUAGGCGUUAUUUCAGGCCGAGACCAUUCAUCGGGUCUGGAAAGGAAGGACCCUCUCCCCACCUUCUCAUUCUGGCUUCUGUCCCAUUCCUUUUCAGUUCUGAUGAAGCGUCUUGGCCUCAAACAUCAACUGUUUAUUCAUUCCCAUAGAUACCACCUGAUUUGCUUUGAGUUCCUCCAGCAUUUUUUGUGUGUUGUUCUGGAUUUCUUACAUCUGCAGAAUCUCUUAUGUUUAUCAAUUAACAAUAUCAAUUUGUUUGGGCAGUACCUCUGUAUUCUUGAGGUAAACUCUGCCAUCCCCUCUUAUGAAUCUUCCUCCAUGACAGCUAUCUGGGUCACUUGACAACUCCCUCAUUUCCAACAGCUGCAACGGUCUGUCCCAAACCCAUCUCCCGCGAACCUAGAGGCUGACAGUAAUCCUGCUGAUGUGCACACUUGCAUGGACAGAUCCAUACACACACACACACACACACACACACGCACACACACACACGCACACACACACACACACACGCACACACACACACACACACACACACAUGCACACACACACACGCGCACACACACACGCGCGCACACACACACACACACACACACGCGCACACACACGCACACACACACACACGCAGGGGUGUGUGUGUGUACAUCCUUAUAUUCCUGGCCUUGCUCCCCUUACCCGCCAACACCCUCGAGAGCGGCCACAGCCCCCGCCGUUGCCAGGAGUCCUCCGAGAGCAGCGCCUCGGCUGUCCCUUGUACUCCCAGCCUUCACCAGCGGGGGCAGUGGCGAGCUGUGUGUCAGAGUGUUUGCAACAGUAUGUUGUGUCCUAAUCAUCCACCAAGGUCUCCCCGCGUAACUUGGUUUGUAUAUCCUCCACCACUGCACACAAACGCUUAGCCAUCCAUAUCUGUAUAUUUUGUAAAAAAAAUUAAAAAUCACAAUUGCAAUAAAAAUAAUGGAGCUCCCUGUUUAUUUUCCAACUACCACUCGCCUCUGGUUUCUAAAUGAUAUGGAGGGCUAUUAUCCGGGUACAGAUCGAUGGGACUAGGCAAAAUGAUAUAUUGGCAUGGACUAGAUGGGCCAAAGGGCCUAUCAUUGUGUUGUAAUGCUUUACGACUAUUUUUUUAAAUCAUCACAACUUCUUGACAACUUUGUGGGAUGAAGAAACUUAAAGGGAGGUCACUCUGACCAGUUGCAUCAGAAUCAGAAUCAGGUUGAACCAUCUUCAUUACGUGCCGUGUCGUAUGAUGAAGGUGAUCGUGGUCUCAUAACCAUGAUAGCUCGUGGCAAAUUUUUAUACCGAAGUCCUUUGCCAUUGCCUUCUUCUGGGCAGUGUCUUUACAAGACGGGUGACCCCAGGUAUUAUCAAUGCGUUUCAGAUAUGGUCUGCCUGGCGUCAGUGGUCACGUAACCAGGACUUGUGAUAUGCACCGGCUGCUCGUACGACCAUCCGCCACCACCUGCUCCCAUGGGUUCACAUCGCCCUGAUCAGAUGGGGAGGGGGGACUAAGCAGGUGCUACACCUUGCCCAAGGGGUGACCAGCAGACUAGCGGAGGGAAGGAGCACCUCACACCUCCUUUGGCAGAGACGCAUCUCCACACGCUACCCAACAGGCUCAUUAUCACUGUCACAUGUCGUGAAAUUUGUUGUCUUGUGGCAGCAGUACAGUGCAAUACAUUAAAAAAAAUUACUGUAUGUCACAAAAAUAAAUUAUGUGGUGCAAAAGACAAUUAAAGAGGUAAUGUUAAUGUGCUCAUGGGCUGAAACAGGUGUCACACACCCCUAGAAGUCAGCUGCUUAUUGACUCCCCAAGGCACACAAUAACCAGCACCACCUGUUACAA